AUGACGUCCUUCAUUAACGAUACGCCUGCCGAUGCGCGGAGCGUGUAUAGCGAAAGAAGUUGGAGCUUGAAGCCGCUUAUUCGCCAUGCUCAGCGUUCGCAUAGCAAGAUGCCUGGCUUACGCAAGAUCCCUCUUCGAGCGAUCGGUAUAAUCACGUUGGUUGCACUUUUGAAUUGCGUUGUAUGGGUUGCUGCAGCAAUUGUAUUGCGUUAUCAUCCGACGAUGGUGUCUACUGCUGUGCUCGCUUAUACUCUUGGUCUGAGACAUGCGUUCGAUGCCGAUCACAUCUCCGCCAUCGAUUUGAUGACUCGACGACUACUCGCAACAGGGCAAAAGCCAGUCACCGUGGGAACAUUCUUCUCUCUUGGCCACUCGACAAUCGUCAUUAUCACAUCAAUUGUUGUCGCGGCAACUGCUGCAGCCAUUUCUACUAAGUUUGACAGCUUCAGUACCAUCGGCGGGAUCAUCGGUAGCUCUGUCAGCGCCGCGUUCCUUAUUCUGCUCGGUAUUAUGAAUGCAUACAUUCUCUACAAGCUGAUCAAGCAAAUGCGAAAGGUGUUCAGCUUAUCCGAGGACCAAGCCGACGAAGCCUGGAAGAUUGAAGGCGGUGGCGUUCUAUUCUCCGUUCUAAAGAAGAUGUUCAAACUUAUCGACCGACCAUGGAAGAUGUACCCGCUCGGAGUCCUCUUCGGACUGGGCUUCGAUACCUCGUCCGAGGUCGCUCUCCUCGGAAUCUCCUCCGUCGAAGCAGCAAAGGGAACAUCUUUCUGGGUGAUUCUUAUCCUGCCAGCGCUUUUUACCGCGGGAAUGUGUCUUCUAGACACAACCGACGGCGCCCUGAUGUACUCGCUCUACAUCCAGCCCUCCGCCAACUUCCUCCCGCCGAAGCACGACAGCAUAGUCUCCGAUAACGCAUCGGAGACGCCAGAGGACGAACUUCCCCAAUCUCACGACAAUCACCGGGACCCAAUCGCCUUCUUGUACUACUCAAUUGUGCUGACUACCUUGACGGUGAUCGUGGCCAUGGUGAUUGGCGUGAUCCAACUGCUCACCAUGAUUCUGAAUGUCACCGACGCAACGGGCAAAUUCUGGGAUGGUGUGCAGGUUGCAGGCGAUUACUACGAUGUGAUUGGUGGAGGAAUUUGUGGUUGCUUCCUUGUCGUUGGUGUACUGAGUGUACUGUGUUAUAAGCCGUGGCGCCGCUGGAUGGAUAGACGCCAUGGGAAGACCGUGGUUAAUGAUGAAGAGCGCUAUCGCGACGAUGCUCCCGAGUCUGAUAAUGGCACUGGUGUUUUUGUCCACGAUUCUGGAAGUCGUGUUGAGCGUGGGCAGACAGAGGUUGUUGGCAAGGGCGGUUCGCACGUUGCGGUGAAGGCAACCGAUGAGCCCCGGAUUGAGGAAGAGAUUGUUCAGAUGGAGUGA